AUGGGUGUCAUAGAUAACGAGGUUCAGCGGCUGCACGAUGUCGUGUCUGCCCUGGAGAAACGUGUCGAGAAGCUCGAGGAGCGCCGCUCCGGCGAGGUCAAGCCCACCGACGGUGUGCGCAUGAUCCUGAUCGGUCCUCCCGGUGCCGGCAAGGGAACGCAGGCUCCCAACAUCAAGGAGAAGUUCUCGUGCUGCCAUCUGGCCACUGGUGACAUGCUCCGAUCCCAGAUCGCCAAGAAGACUGCGCUCGGUAAGGAGGCCAAGAAGAUUAUGGAUGCCGGCGGCCUCGUCAGCGACGACAUUGUCAUUGGCAUGAUCAAGGGCGAGCUCGAGACCAACAAGGAGUGCAAGGGCGGCUUCAUCCUCGACGGUUUCCCCCGGACGAUCCCCCAGGCCGAGGCCCUCGACAAGAUGUUGGCCGAGAAGAAGUCUCCCCUGCAGCACGCCGUCGAGCUCCAGAUUGACGACGCCCUGCUGGUCGCCCGUAUCACGGGCCGUCUCAUCCACCCGGCCUCGGGCCGCUCCUACCACAGCACCUUCAACCCGCCCAAGGUGGACAUGAAGGAUGAUAUCACGGGCGAGCCCCUCGUCCAGCGAUCCGACGACAACGCCGACGCCCUCAAGAAGCGUCUCGCGACCUACCACGCGCAGACCACCCCCGUCGUUGGCUACUACAAGAACACCGGCAUCUGGAAGGGCAUUGACGCCAGCCAAGAGCCCGGCCAGGUCUGGAAGAGCCUGCUCAACAUUUUCGACAGCGACAAGAAGAGCAGCAGUUCCAUCCUUAGCAAGCUGACCGGCAAAUAA